CCUGGAAUUUUACGAGGACCAAUGGCGAUAUGACGACGAUGAUUCUAUAAAUUUAAAUGUUACUAAACAAAUGAUUUCAUCUAAUGAGUUCAAUGCCAGCGGAAAUAUAUCAACAAAUUACCUUGUUAACGAUCACUUGAGAGAUAAUAUUUUCGAUGAAAAUGGAAGACUAUCUCUAGCAUAUGAAAAUUUACAUACAAUACCUCGACUAAUCGCAGCGAAAUUUGCUGCACACACACAUUUUUUAGACCUUAGCUGUAACCAUUUUAAAAAUUUAUCUUUUUUAUCAUUAUUCAAUGAGUUGGGAACUCUAAUAUUAGAUCAUAAUUGCCAUUUGGAUUUCAGUAUUAUUUUAUAUUGUUUUUUAUAUUGUCAUAGGAUUAAUAACUGUAAUAUUUAUAAUUUAGAAGUGUGGAUGGAGCGGAUUAAAUUUCAUUGUCCUUUAUUGGAAGUAAUGGGUAAUAUAGUUGCCAACAGUGAAUUAGUACACACUAUAACAUCAACUACCAAAGCCGAAUUUAAAGAAUUGUUUUUAGCCUCCAGUUUUAAAACCGAUUAUCAUGAAUAUAUUUUUAACUUUCUGCCUUUCUUGAAGAUCCUAGAUGGAAUUCAGAGAAACAAGUUAUCAAUACACAAUAAAUAAGUUAACUCUACAUUUAGCUGCAGCUAUAGUCAAUCAACUUUUUCAAUCUCAAGUAAUAUAUUUCCUAAAGAUGACACAAAUCAACACAUUUUUAAAACUUUUAAUUUAAAGAAAUUAUUUCAACUUAAAAGAAGAUCAUGUCUAUAG